AUGGCAGUCGAGAUCGAAGAUCGUGACCUCGUCGGGGAGAUGAUCUCUGCUGCAGAGGACCUGGUGAAAACACACUUUGCCAAGCUCAGAGUGGAUCCCUCGCAUGAUUGGCAUCACGGUGAGAACUGAGGAUUCAUGCAUACGUCGGAACUUGCAGCUGAACUUCGCCCCGCCCGGGUUGAACAAGUUCAUCGAGUACGACAAAUGUCCAUUUGGCUAUCCCGAUGUCCGUCCUUACCAACUGAACCGGACAUGAUCACACUGGAACUCGCGGCUCUUUUCCACGACAUGGCAGAUGCCAAGUACGACCCAACCGCCUCCGCUCGCACGCUAUUGUCGCCCUUUCUCUUGCGGUAUCCUCAAAUCCUUGAAGAGGAGCAAGUCAACCUGAUCAUUCGGAUAGUUGAGAAUGUGAGCUGGAGCAAAGAUCAAAAGCGCAGAGCAGAGCGACAGAAGCGCGAAGCUGCAGGUUUGGAAGAGACGGUUGAAGAAGGAGAAAGAAGGAAGUGGGAGGAGAGCUGCUCUGAGCUUGCUUGUGUUUCGGAUGCUGACCGACUAGACGCCAUCGGAAGCAUGGGUAAGUCGCUUGUUGCCAUAUCCAUAUCAUAUCUUGGUUCCCUCCUUUUGCUCAGAAUUUGCGGCGCGGCAUCUGCCCCUUUCUGCACAUGCAUGCGCAGGGAUUCUCAGGGUUGCGGCCUUCUCAGGCGCAAAGGAUAGACCUCUUCACAUACCACCUGCGAACCCAGCAGGGGAUAGCGUGCCUCCAGCAGAACAAGGCGAAGGCUAUAAUUCUUCGGCCAUUGCUCACUUUCACGACAAGUAAGUGCGAGAAUCUACUCCGUCGUUUCGAGUGGACGGUAUACUGGAGUACUAACACAUCAUCGCUGUGCUCCUCAGACUACUGAAGAUCAGAGGCGAAAGAUUGCGAACAGAGACUGCCAAGCAGGAAGCUGAGCGUAGACAGAUGAUGGUGAGCAGGUGACGUCUGCGGUCAGUCACAAGCACAGCUUGACUGACACCGAGGCUUUGCACACAUCGCUAUCACCUUCUUAGAUGAAGUCAUUUCUGGACGAGCUGGAUCUCGAAUGGCAAAUUGCGGAUCAAGGUGCCCAGCUUGCUAUCUUCGAGGGAUAA